UAGGACAAAGGAAUGGGUUUUGUAGCCUUUCAGAUCUGGGCCACCCUCCCUUUGCUGGUCCACUUUGUGAACUGUAGUCCUAUUAUGAGCCUAGACGUACCUCUUUUGGAGGAAGACAUGCCUUUUUUUGAUGAACAGGACGCACUGCUUCAAAAUUUGCAAAAUGCAUUGCUGAAGGCACUUAACCUCUCCGACAUUCCCAUGCAAGGAACAGCCAAAGUGGACCCUCCAGAAUAUAUGUUAGAGCUCUAUAACAGGUUUGCUACUGAUAAGACAUCUAUGCCUUCUGCCAACAUUGUUAGAAGCUUCAAAAAUGAAGAGCAGAUUUUGUAUCCUGCCCACUUUAAUGGAAUACAGAGAUACCCUCUUCUUUUCAACAUCUCUAUCCCUCACCAUGAAAAAAUCACUAAGGCUGAACUGAGGCUCUACACUCUAGUGGAAGAGGAAAGAAUGCGUUACGGUGGUCUGGACAGGAAAGUCACCAUUUUUGAAGUGCUGGAGAAUGAACAUGGAGAAGGGAAAAAGAAAGGCGAGAAGAAAAUGAAAGUGCUGGCCUCCAGACACAUUCACAGCACUGACAAUGAAUGGAAAACAUUUGAGGUCACAGAGGCCAUCAGGAAAUGGCAUCACUCAGACUCAACCACUCAUCGGCUAGAGGUGCAGAUUGAGAACAGAGGGGGAGAGGAGCCUAAUGCACGAGGAAAAGGAGAUAUAGACAUCGAUGCAGAGGCCAAACACGAGCCUUUAUUAAUUGUAUUUUCAGAUGACCAAGGCCAUGCCAAGAAAGAGGAAAAGCAUGAAUUGAAUGAAAUGAUAGAGCAUGAGCAGAUGCAAGAUUUGCAGGAUCUGGACAUGAAUGAUUUCUACACCAGACCCAGGGAGGAGAAGCUUCUUCAGAUAAGGUCCAACAUUAUCUAUGACUCAACCUCCCGCAUAAGAAGGAACGCAGGGAGCAGCUGCAAAAGGACUUCACUCCUUGUAGAUUUCAAGGAGAUUGGCUGGGAUUCCUGGAUCAUUGCCCCGCAAACCUAUGAAGCCUACCAGUGUAAGGGUGCAUGCUCUUACCCUUUGGAUGAUCAACUCACCACCACCUAUGCCAUGGCCCGGACUUUGGUUCACUUGAAUGACCCCCAGAAAGCUUCCCCAGCCUGUUGUGUACCUACCCGGCUGGCUCCCAUCUCUUUGCUUUACUUAGAUAAAGGUGUGGUUACCUACAAGCUAAACUAUGAAGACAUGUCAGUAUUGGAAUGCGGCUGCCGAUAGUAGCAGGGCAACCCCUUGCAUGGCAUAUGUGGCCUUUGAGUAUUUAAUUGUCCCAUCUGUAAAUUUGUACAGUUCUGAUUUGUACAUAUUUAUAUGAGCUUAUUUAAUGAGAUGUGUACAGAUAACUUGAAGCAGAGGCAGCGGAUUAGAGGGGAUGUCUAUUUGGGCCAAUUCACGUGCUACAAAGUUCUCAUGACAACUACAAGGACUUUGCAUUGAGUGAAUCAGUCCUUUGCUACUUUCUUGGCUUGGGUAAAUGGGGUUGUGCUUUAUAAUAUUUUAUACAAUCACCAGAAUCCAGUGACAAGUAUUAUUUUUUUAAGUGUACAGCCUUAAGACAGCAAAUGAGGAUACUUUGUGCAUGUUCCCCCAUAAAAUAAAACUCCCUCAGAACACAUACAACUAGUGUGGGCUUAGUGAAGUCACAUCUCUGAAUGCUUUCUGUCUCCCAGUCUGGCCAGCAAGCAUUCAAAUAUGCUACUCCCCCUGUCUGAAGGGGCACAAUUGGGGAAAGGGGUUCCCAUUUGAUUUUGAUGAGGGUAUAAACUAAACCCCGAUGUUGAUGCUGCCAGUUAUUUCCCACCUUUGGGCUAUUUUCAUCAAAAGAAGAAUUAACAGGUUCUCGUACACUUAAAGGACUUAUAUGAACAGUCACAAUGGAACAAUAAAGCAUUCAGGGGAUGGGCUUCAUGAAUUUUAACUGAGCACACAGAUAAGCUGCCUGUGUUGUUUCACUUUAUGUUUGUGUGCAUAAUGUUCACAAUGUUUAUGUGCAUUUCUUCCCUAUUUCACAUCAUGUUAACAGCAAAGAGUUUCUUAUUAGUCAGCCUUAGCUCAAGGCCAAACUAGUGUUUUUUCUGGUAAAUAGCAGCGAUGGUGUGUGAUUUGAACUGAAAACGUGGUAUGCGUGCAGAGGAAAAGGAUUAACCCACACAUGAAGCUGCCUUACACCAAACAAGAUCAUUGGCCUUCCCAGGAUAGUAUUGUUUCUUUUGGUUACCAGUAGCUCUCCAGGAUCACAGCAGAUCCUUUCAUAUCACCUGCUACCUGAUCCUUUUAAAUUGAAAUGAUCUAGAUUCAACCAAUACCAGAGGAAGGACUGUAGGUAUAAUAUAUGUGUCAAAAACAGCUCCUGCAUAAAGCAUAGUCAUUAGAAAUAGCUUCAAAUAGGAGCAGUACUAGCAUACUAAGGACAAAUGCAGGCUCCAGUAGAAGGGAUUUGGCCAAGACACCUCCAGAUGCACAGGAGGAGAGAGCUUCUUGUAUUGUUAGUAUCUGUAUAAAGAAAGGGACUUUGGGCACCUUUUGCUUGUUAGAGAAAGGAUGCAUGGGCAAAUUCCUCUUUCUACGCAACACCUCAUCCACUGGUCUCUCCCUUUCAAGACUUGUCUGCAUUGUCAGUUUGGUACAGCUUUCUGGACAGCUUGUCCAAAGACAACUUAUACUUCUUGAAGAGUAUUUCCAACUGUGUAAAUGCUAGCUUUGGGAAGUGCAAUUCCAAAUUUGGCGCAUGUUGCAUCUUGCAAGACUUAUAUCAUCCUCUUGUAUGAAUUACCUACCCAGUGCCUAUCAACUUUAGGCCAAUGAACAGCAGAAUGUGUGGCCCUCAAAUAACUAAUGUUCUUUGCAUCUUAAGUUUCUAAAAAGGAAGAAUUAUUCUGAGCAUAGUCUAUUUGUUAAAUCUGAAUGGAACACUCCUAGAGACAAAGAAAGGGACUUUUUCUUUAUGAGAGCAAGCUUCGAGUCCAGUAGCACCUUAGAGACCAACUAGAUUUCCAGGGUAUGAGCUUGGACGUUGAAGCUAGAAAUUCACAAGGCCAUUCUUUCCCCCAUCCUCCACUUCAACCAUAUACCAUGGAGUCACAUGUCAUGUUUCCGCCACUCUUCUCCAACAAAUCGCUGCGAUAAGAAGGUGUCAGAGCUGAGAAACAAUAGACCUGAUGCUUUAUUUAUACUAAGCUGGAAAUUUGUCAGAUUCUUUGCAAAGUGUAAUUGAUGCUGACUCUCUGCUCUUAACUACAGUUGACUGUACUGUCCCCGGCCUCCAUUUUACACUUUUAAGGCAAAGCUAUCUUCCCAAGUGAGAUAAGGGUCUUGUCUUUGAGAGAACAGACUAGGACUCUUCAUGGGAAUCAACGCUGAAGACGUGAUCAAGGACUAACUCAAACCAGCUUAACCUACAUCCACACAGCCAUUAUUUAUUGAUCUAUUUAUUGACUGCUGUCCAUGUAAUAUACUGUAGAAUACAAAA